GACACAACGAUAUCAGCAUUUGCCGAAAUCAUUCGUAUCACCGCCAACAUGAAGUUGUUAUACUGUCUUUUGUUUUUGUGUUUCAUUACUUUGUCCAUGAGUGAAGAUCCGAGAUGUUCUCAGCCGAUUGCAUCUGGUGUGUGCUUUGGAAAUAUUGAAAAAUUCGGAUACGACAUCGACGAGCACAAAUGUGUACAGUUCGUGUACGGAGGAUGCUUUGGCAAUGAUAACCAAUUCGACUCGCUUGAAGAAUGUCAAGCAGUUUGUCCUUAACCAUUCCAAUGUUUAUAAAUGACGUGUAUAUAAUACACACAAUAAUCAAUCGAUUUUUAAUCGAUUCAGAAGCCGUUAUCGAUUACUAAAUUGCUGUGCAAUUUUAUAAAUAUUUAAUUUAGUGUUAUUAAUAUUCACUUUCAAAAAUAUAAAAAAAAUAAAAUUCAUAUUUCUAAAUGUAAAAA